AUGGGGUCUGGAUUUGUAUUACCUGCAGUCACUCUGAGCUCAAUCAGGGGCAUGUCUGUCCUAGAAUGGAUGUUGAAUGAACUCGAUAGUGAAGCUGGUACACUAGUUGCACACCAGAUACCAGAAAACGUCAGAGGAGAAAGCAAGAAGUGUGAUUCCCCUUUUAAAGUGAGAGGUACUUGUCUUCCUGAAAAUAAAUGGAGACUUCGGGUUCUUUGUGGAGGACAUAAUCACGAAGCUGAAAACACAUCAGUUCCACUAUUUAAUCGGGAUGAGGAGCAGCUAGGGGUUAAAUUGACUGCAAGUGGUGUUCGUCCCCAACAGGUACUUGAGGCAUUGAAGGAGAAGAACAAAGAAAGUCUUGCGAGUACCAGUGGAAGUGCCAUAUACAACACAAGGUCAAAAUUAAAACUGAAAGAGGUGGCGAGGAAGUCAGUGGCGCAGGAGGAUGCUGGAUCAGUUAAUCAUCCACAUAAAGAUAGCAAUGUGAUGGAGGAAAACACUCCAGCCUCAAAUGAAAGGAUCAAUGUGGCACGGUGCUUUCAGACUGAUGCAGGACCAGUUAGUCAUCUACAGAAAGAAAGCAUUUUGAUGGAGGAAGACACUCUGAUCUCGAAGGUAGGGAUCGAUGUGACCCAAUAA